AUGAAGAUGAAGUUCCAAGCAGCCUUCAAGGCGAUCGACACCAACAAGUCAGGUUUCAUCGAAUGCAACGAAUUGGAGGCGGUGUUGAAGACGCUGGGUGUGACUUUGAGCCAAGAGCAGGUGAGGAGCGUCUUCAAAGCUGCAGACUUGAAUGGCGAUGACAAGCUGUCCAUCGAGGAGUACGAGAAGUUGGUGCGGAAAGCCAUGCCUGGCACCGUGAAGUGA